AUGCACCUGCUGCGUCGCCGCCUGGCCGAGAAUGGGUUGCAGGACCCCCUGCUCAGCAUGCGUGCGUUCAAGUCUUACGUCCUGCCGACGUUGUCGUACGGGGCAGAGAUCUGGGCGCCGCAGCUGAUUCUGCAGGGCAGGACGGCAUGCGAGCGGGUACAGCUGGAGUACCUGCGAGGGCUGCUGGGUGUGCGGGACAGCACCCCAGCCCUCAUUGUGCUGGCAGAGACGGGGCAGCUGCCGCUGCCCGCCUACUGGACCUUGCAGGUUGCACGCUUUGUGAGCAACCUGCAGGCUAUGGGCGGCGAGCGGGUCGCCCGUCUUGCCAUGCUGGAUAGCGUUGCGCUGGCUGCCGACACGGACACAGGGCUGCCACUGGCCCGGCAGCCCUGGGCAGCGCAGGUUAGCCGCGUUCUCGCGGCGGCCGGCGCCCCCUGCGACUUGACUGCUGACGAGGGGGUUGCCAUACCUGAAUUGGCGGAAGCGCUCCUGGAGCGCCAUGUUGCCUCGUACAUGCAUGCAUCCGUGAAGGUGCAGCGGUACAUUGAGGACGUGUGGGGGGGCAGCAUCUCUGCGGAGGCCUACACGCCUGCGUCGUUCCUGUGCGAUGUGCCCGAGCGCCGGCGCCGGGUGCGCCUGGCGCAGUGGCGCACGGGGUCGCACUGGAUGGCUGAGGAGACAGGCCGGUGGCAGCGGCUGGACCGCACCCAGCGCCCAUGCCCCCACUGCCAGGCUCUAGAGGACGUACGCCACGCAGUGUAUGACUGCCCCCUAUACGCUGGGCUGAGGGAGGAGUAUGCUGAGCUCUUCCACAGUAAGAGCAGCGUCAGCGUCAGCAAGCAACGCCUGAAUGGAUAUGCCGUCGUCAACGGGACCUGUGUCAAGUGUGGCGCCAACUGUGAAGAGUGCUCGUCCAGGGCUCGCUGCACGAUGUGCGCUUUUGGGUAUGGCUUGAACUCCGCCGACAAGUGUGUGAAGUGCCCGGGCCGCUACUGCGAGGAUUGCAACGGCAACAAGCCGCAGAUUUGCAAGGAGUGCGAGCAGGCCGGCGACAGCGAGACCUGGCUGUCCAAGCAAAAAACAUGCAUCAAGGUGAGGUGA